AUGGAUUCCUCCUCGAACCAACCCUCCCCAAUAGAACAGUACCCUCUUUCCCAUCCCAACAGUCCUACAAGCAGCGGCAGCAGCGGCGGCUCCAGAAAAGUCCGUAGAGGUAAAGGCGGUCCUGACAACUCCAAGUUCCGCUACCGCGGCGUUCGCCAACGCAGUUGGGGAAAAUGGGUAGCUGAGAUCCGAGAGCCGAGAAAACGCACGCGCAAAUGGCUUGGAACUUUCUCUACGGCCGAAGAAGCUGCCCGCGCUUACGACCGCGCCGCUCUAAUUCUGUACGGCCCCCGCGCUCAGCUAAAUCUCCAACCCUCCUCUUCCAAUAGCUCCACAGACGGUGCUAAUGGCCGUAAUUCCUCUUCUUCCUCUUCUAGCACCUCUUCAUCAACCACUACGCUUCGGCCUCUUCUCCCCCGCCCAACUGGCUUCCCUCUCCCCAUACUCCCAUACUCCUACCCCACUAUCCCAUACCCUUAUCCCACUCAACUCACCACCGGUGCCGCUGUAACUCCGCCGGUCGGAGUUACAAACAUGGGAUCUGAGGAAAUGAACUCUCUUGUAGGUUCAAUGAGCUCUGGACUGUCUAUUUCUUUCCCGCCGGAGCCGCCUUCUGUGGAAGUGGGUUCGGCAUCGAUGGAUAUUCCAGCUACGCCGUCGAUGGGAGGAGGGUGGGGUUAUGAGGAUUAUUCUAUGGCGAGUGCUUGUUUUUGGGAUGAUGCUGAUCCUUUCUUGUUCGAUUUUUGA